AAAGAGGGCGAAUAGCCCACAAAAACUAGGGUUUAUAAUUAGAUCUGCUUUUGUCGCUGCUCAGAGAUUAAAACACACACAAACACACGUACUAAUGGAUUUCUCAUCGCCGCCGAGUUCAUCUCCGUCAUCAAAGGUCUCCCCUGAAGACUUAAUGGAUCAGAUUAAGGCUUCACUUGCCCAAGCCUACGCUGAAGAAUUCCUCGAGACAGUGAGGGGGAAGUGCUUCGACAAGUGCAUCACUAAACCAAGCAGCAGUUUGAGUGGGGGAGAGAGCAGUUGCAUCUCCAGGUGUGUGGAUCGCUAUAUAGAGGCUACUGGUAUCAUUAGCAAGUCGCUUUUCAAUGCGCACCGAUAGUUUUUCUUUACUAUUCAAUAGAGUGAAUUUUCAGGUCGCACAUGUUUGAGAUUAUUUAGACAAAUUGUGUAACUUGCAUUUUGCUUUCUUAGAAGGAAAGCAAGGAUCAUAAGGUGUUUUUUGAUAACUGACUUGAUUUGCUGAUGAAGUCAUUAAUGCAUGUUAAAACUUUUAGCCCCAUAUACUAAUGGAUGCCUAUUGUACUUUA